GUUUUCUGCAGCUGCUCUCCACCGCACAAGCGAUAUAUAGCUAUAUAGGGGGGGCCCAGUCGUUUGCUGGACGCGCAGAGCAGAGCACAGCAGGCAAACCAGCAGCACCUCAUCAGCGAUUGCCGAUCACUCGUUUGACGCGUUCUGCUCGUUUUCAUCGUCUCGCUCAAUCAGCAUGGAUCGCAAAUGGGACUACGAUCUGGUGCCCCCCGGGCCGUUCAAGACGAUCUUCGUUACGGGGGGCGCGGGCUACAUCGGCAGCCACUGCAUCGUCCAGCUGCUCGAGAACGGCUACGAGGUCGUGGCCAUCGACAAUUUCGCCAACAGCGUCGAGGACAAGCACUACAAGGGCGAGUCGGCCGCCCUGAGGCGCGUCGAGGCCAUAACCGGCAAGAAGGUGCACUUUUACGACUGCGACAUGCUCGAUCGCGAGAGGCUGCGCAAGGUCUUCAACGAGCACAAGGUCGACGCGGUCGUCCACCUGGCCGCCAUCAAGGCCGUCGGCGAGUCCAUGGAGGUGCCCCUCCAGUACUACAGAAACAACAUGAUCGGCGCCAUCAACCUGCUCGAGGUCAUGAAGGCCGCCGGCUGCUUCCAGCUCGUCUACAGCAGCUCCUGCACCGUGUACGGCGAGCCCAAGUCCUUGCCCAUCACCGAGGACCACCCGACCGGCUGCAUCACCAACGUCUACGGCAAGACCAAGUACUUCAUCGAGGAGAUGUUCAAGGACGUCUCGACCGCCGAAAAGUCCUGGAACAUCAUUACCCUGAGGUUCUUCAACCCGGUCGGUGCUCACAGCAGUGGUCUCAUCGGCGAGGACCCCACCAAAAAGUACACCAACCUCAUGCCUUACAUAUCUCAGGUGGCUAUCGGCAACAAGCCCCACGUCACGAUCUUCGGCGCCGAUUACCCCACCGAGGACGGCACCGGUAUCAGAGAUUACAUCCACGUGAUGGACCUUGCCUCGGGUCACGUGGCGGCCCUCGAAUGCCUCCACGAUCGCCCGAGUCAACGAUUGAGGGUCUACAACCUCGGCACCGGUAAAGGUGUCUCCGUUCUCGAAUUAAUCAGGACUUUCGAGGAGGUCACCGCGACCAAAGUACCGUACGUUAUUCAAAGUCGACGAGACGGUGACAUAUCCUCCAUGUACGCCGAUGCUACCUUGGCCUGGAAAGAGCUGCAAUGGAGGGCUACGCGAAAUAUCAAAGAAAUGUGUGCAGAUUUUUGGAAGUGGCAACGAUUGAAUCCAAAUGGCUAUCCAAAAAAUGAAAACUCAACCAAUGGCAUUGAAAAACCCCAAGUCCUUAAAGAAAUCAAUUAA